GAGCUGAGCUGAGCGUGUGAAACCGCGCGAAGUAUCUAGUUGUUGAGUAUAGAUUGUUGAACGCUAUUCAAAUAAGUAUCAUGUACAAAUUAAAGAUAAUGUCUUGUUUCUUGAUUACAAUUAUUACAUUGUUCACCGUAUCAACUCAAACGGCGGUAAACUAUCAUGACUACACCGAUAAUAUGGGAAAAAGAGACAAACAGAAGAUGAUACUACUGUCAGAAGAUUUGCUCAAAGAAGCUUUAUUGCAGAUGAGACAACUAUAUGAAAUAAAAAUAGAACAUAGAGAUUAUACUCCAUUUCACGUCGGCUUGAUUAUAGGUCUGCCCACAGCUAACAUUCAAAUAGGGGGACCUCCAGACAUGAGGCAGCAGGCAGCAGAAGAGGCGGCAAAACUGAAGAAGGAAGCGAAGAAAAAGAGGAAAGCACAAAAAAAUUCAUUAAGACGAACGGUGAAAGAGGAGAAGGCUAAGAGUAUUCUAAGACAGAAGUACCUGAUGGCGAAACUCGGAAUGCCACCGAAUAUGACCACAACAAGUAAGCGGUUCUUACACCAAUGGCCUGUGGAGGCAACGUGGAAUUUGGAAAAAUAUAAUUACUACUAA